AUGGGGGAUCAGAUUGACUGCUCACAUGAUGUAACUGUGCCAGCGAGCAGUCGACUCAAGUUUGAGAGGACUAUUGGCGACCUCGCAGAAGCAGCUCCGCCUCAUAUGAGAAAGGUCCACGAUGGAUGCAAUUUUUAUAGCUAGAUAAAGUAA